AUGUCUCUACCAACUUCUCUUUUUUUUUACCAACAAAACAAUUCUAAGCCGUUAAGAGGCCGAGAUAAUAAUUUAGAUCCAAUGGUCGUUACACCAAUGCGUUCCAUGGAGAAAGAGUCAUUGCUGGUUCAUCUUCUGAUGAAGAAGCUUGAAGAAGCUAAGAAUAAAAAAGCAUCUCAGUAA